CGUAGUUACAAAGCCUCGUCUUACGACUAGCUCUGUAAAAAUGGAGUGAUACAAAAUUUUGGUGCAGCGUAGCUGGUACAGUGCGUGCAUUUCACCGAAGCUGAAGUUGGUCGCUAGGUUGGUAGACUAUUAACGCUUCGCAUCGUUUCAGUAUGGCUGAAAAGAAGAAACGUGACUCUCUCCAUUACUUUAUGAGUUACGAUGAUUUGAGCGGCAGCAGUAGCAGCAGCAGCAGUGAUUCUGAAGAGGAAGGCCCGGCUUCAUCCAAAAAGAAAGGGGGAAAGGAUCCGACUGAACACAGUAAAGAUGGAUCUCACCAAGGGACCAAACGAGCCGCGAGUGGAUGCCCUUUACCUAAACCAGAUGACCUCUUUAAAUCCGUUUCAAAGCCGUCGUUCUUAUACAACCCGUUAAAUAAACACAUUGAUUGGGAAAGCCGCACGGUGAAAGCUCCGGAGGAGCCAGCCAAGGAAUUCAAAGUCUGGAAAACCAACGCCGUGCCCCCGCCACAGACUUACGUUACAGAGAAGAAGAGUGCUCCCCCAGGCAUGGAUAUGGCUAUAAAAUGGUCCAAUAUCUACGAAGACAAUGGCGAGGAUGCUCCGCAGCCCGCUUCAGGGAACGCACGUUUCUUGCCAGAUGAGGAGACGCCCGUGCAGUCAGAUGAAGAGCAAGACAAAUCUUUGUCAGCGAAGAAGAAGAAAGUGGAGAGCUUCCAGCAGAAGGAGAAGAGGAAGAGGGACAUGGGGCAGGCCACGUCCGACAAGAGUUUUGUGGAAGAGGAGAAGAGGAUUCUGCGACAGAGCCUGGAGUAAAAAGCUGAGAUGAGCCAGAGACUGUCCCACAGAGCUUCCCCCAUUCGUUCUGUCAUCAGCGUCCGCACGCUUGUGUUUGUGAAUGUACCGCCUAUAGCUGCCCUGGACUCUAUACGUUUUUCAGAUAAAAAUGGGGAAAAGUGUUGUUUGGUUUUGUUUUUAAUAAAUAUUUGUAUAUUGUGUAUGUGUCGUAUCUCCCAAAAAAGAGAAAAAACAUUCUUUGUUUUUCUGAAAACUUUCACGCAUUUGUUUCAGAAUUCCUUAACCCAACUAUAUUGACUUUCAAACCUCUGGGGUUCUAAAAUUAAUCAUAAAUAACUCAGUUUAGAGAUUUAAAUGAGGAAUUCUUGCCAUGAUUAUGAUAAAAUUGUUAAAUUUUUUGAAAUCUUGUAUUUAUGCGAUUAAAAGUUUCAGUUCAGAAAUGUAUUUUAAAAUUAAUUUUUUUAAAUUGCAUAAUAUGAUUAAGAAAAGCACAUUGAAAUUAUGAAAGGACGUCCACUAGGUGGUGACAUUGAUUGCAUUUCUUAUGACGGCAUUUUGAAGAACUGCAUUUUCAGAUCAAGACGUACACUUGGCUUGAUAUGUACACAUAUAGGGUGUUUUUUUAUUAUUUUUUCCUGUUUAUGUAAAUGGUCAUGUGACCUCCAAAUAAAUUGUACAUCCAGGAUGGG